AAAAAAAAAAAAAUAGAACAGAGGUGAGAACACAUGCGGAAAAUGAAAUGAAACAGCUGAAUAAAGUUAUUUCGAAGAAUAUUCCUCGUAGCUAAAUUCAUCCACUUGACGGAUCGGUGUUCUUGAGGUCAAAAUGCAUUCGAAAAUUGCAAUUGAUUUUGAAAAACCUCACAUUUUCGAGUUGUCGCCAAUUUGUUGCUCCGAAAAGUAGAAACAAUUGAGACAUCUCGAUAAGUUUAGUCACCACUUGACUCAUCCAACGAAUUCAAAUUUCCGAGCUAAAAAUACACCACAAACAAGUCGCAUGAUCGAUAAAAAAAAAAAUACUCAAUUUUUGUAAACGAAAAUCGGCAAAAUAACAGAAGCAAAGCCCCAAAGUCCCGAAAUUUUCGCGCUUUCUGAAACCGGAUAUCAAAGACUUUUGGCAACGUUCGAGCGACACAAGAUUUAUCGCAUUUGUGGGGCACAUAUUCGUGUCCUGCUUACCCGCGGGUGCAAUUUUUCAUGAUCAUGUGCUCAAAUGUUCGUGUUUAACGAUUCGAUUCAAAUGCGCUGAAGAUAUUGAUACUCAUUCAACAGCUGAUUCUAAUUGUCAGUCGGUCAAAGCGCAACUCUUAUAGAUUGUUCCGUUGGCUCGUGGUGAAUGAGAAGACGAAAAAUAAACAAGUGAGACAUGUGGAAACGAUAUCUUGGGCUAUUUUGCUAGACGCGUUACUCGCACAAGGAUCAUUUCAACAAGCUUAGUUUUUAUUAUAAUAUACUGCAGCUGAUGGCGAAAUCCUCCUUCGCAAACGCAUUUUCUCACGCCCCUCCCAUUCCCUAUUUUCAUCUUCACUCACAACCGGAAAAUACAUUUUCGCUGUGCGUUCGCACGAUCUACUGAAGGGAGAAAAAUGCAAUUUUGUAGAGAAUCUACAUCGACAUUCGUUGAUCGAACGAAAAUAAUCCGAAUGUCACCGAAUCAAUAUACCCGCAUGCCCUCAGCCGUAUAGAGGGUUAAUUCGCUCAGUCGGUUGCGUCAUUUAUUCGCCUUUAUAUUUUUAUCUAUUUUUUUUUUUUUUUUUUUUUCUUGUUGUUGUCUAUCAAUUGACCGCUAGAAUUACCCAACGAAUGUCGUCAGCGGGAUAACUCGGACAAGUGAUGCGUACAGAGUGGAAGAAACCGAGCAAAAAAUUACAUCAGGAGCAACGUACCAGAGAUGCGGACCCGAAGUUACGUAGCUACGGGGAGGCUUCCUAAUUAUUUGAGGGUGGUGUACAGCCGAGGUUACAGGGUUCGAAACACUUGAGUUUGCCAAUUAAAAUCCACAGAGCCAGUCCGCUGUGCUCUAUACCCAUAAUGUCUGCUCUAAUGUGCUUCGUCGGAAUACCAGAGAGCUGCAGGAAAAUGAAAACCAAAGAUUCCAUGGAUGGGAAAAAAAAAACUCCGCAGAAUAUCAACGAUCUUAUUUCUCAAUGAGGUAAAACAAAAAACGAACGACUGAAAGGGUGGAUGGUUCUUCUGAAGAAAAGAGGAGACGUCAAAGCGACUCUCUCAAUUUUUUGUAACGAAUAAGUUUUUUGCUAGCGUAUCUGAUUUGCAGUAGAACACUCGAUGUCUGUUUUCUGUUUUCCCUCGUUUUUCAUUUGAUAUUCGUUCGAUAUCGUUAUUCAAUUGUAUUCGCUUACUGAACAUUUCGAGUGAGCAGCGUAAAGCCAGAGCGGUAUUACUGGGGUGCGAGGAUCGCAAAAAUUUCAUCUAUGUAAGAGGAAUUCCGAGAGUUAUUAUCAGCAACUGGUAGCGAUUAUCUUGGGCAAUACAAACUUUAUUUCGCAGCCAACGAACCCUUUCCGUUCAACCGUGUGAUCUAGGUAACCUCAAGGUAACCUAUUCUAAGCCUACGGGACUUGGCUACACAGAGGUACUUCCGUCGGAGGGCCGUAGCGGUCGUUUGCACAAAGUACAUCGUUUGGUUAGACGAACGGAAACAGAGGGAAUCUUUUUUUAUACGCUACGGAUACCCCAGGGUUCCUUGAUAUGCGUAAAUAAAAUAAAAAGUCAAAUACGGGAAAGAAAAUUCGAGAGUAAAUUUCCGCUCGAAAACUGAAAAUAAAUAAAAAAAAAAAAAAGAACUUCUUCCAAAGUUUAUCGGGAUGAUUUUUUCAUGAACGCAAAAAACAGACUCGUCUGAUGUGUAAGUGGAAAAAGAAAAUCACGGUCAUGAUUUAUUGAUACGGAAAAUUUUGACGUAGUCUGUGGACCACUCGAAACACUAAGCCGACAUGACGUAUGUUACAAUUUAUUUUAAGCUCGAAGUCGAGAUAACUUUGGAAGACAUAGAAAUGUGGGCCGAACAUCGUGAUUGAAGUCUUUCCAAAGUAAAGCUAUUGAAUUACAUCUUAUAUUAGCCAAUAUAAAAAAAAAAAAAAAAAAAACGAGGAGAAGUUAUAUUAUUUUUGUCGCAUUUAUGCAAUCGUCCGACUUUAAAUAAUCGGAACAAAAGUAUGUACACCAUUGGUGGUACUCGUUUCGAGGAACAAGUCGGUGUAAUAUAUGCGUAAUUGUUUCGAGAAUGAUCUGUGACGGUGAAACCGAAAUGCAGAAGUUUUUCUAAACUUUACAAUCUCGCCGACGAUUUGUAUUCAGGUCGUGCACUGUUUUGUCCGACAUUUGGAUCGUCCGCAAUUUCUUUGCAAAUUUAUACUUUUCAUCGCGUACGAAAUAUGAAUGUGCACGCGGUGCGAUUCCUGAAAAAAGUAAUCUCUCAGCUUUUCGCAACCCUAGUUCACCGACUUUCAAUUUUCACGAAGCCUACCUGUUGAGCCGGCGGUAAUAAAGUGAAAUAAACUUAUCGAAUUUCGAAGCGCUCGUUAGAAUUCCGGAUCAGAAUUUUCUCUGAUUUAUCACAGGAUCGUAUCGGAAACUCUGAACACAUGUAAGAGGAAAAAAAAAGAAUCGAAACUCUAAAGUAAACGGCGCUAAUUUUCCGGAAAAUUUGUUUAACAUUAUUUGAUAAAUUUACUUUUUCAUUCAUAAAAUAAUGGCACAGGAUACUCGAGUACCACGAGAUCGGACGUUACACGUGACGUAUAUUCGGUUUUCGAAAGAGCGGAAAAGGAACAAAGAGAAACCUACCUACCAGCCGGGUGUACCUUCAUUUACAUUAAUACGGUUUACGGCAAGCAAACACGCGUAACUGUAUAACAAAUGGAGGUAACUACCCGAGAGCACAGGGGGAUUAUUUUAUUCUUUCGUUUAAGAAAUCCAAAAACCGAUUUUUCUUCUCUAAAGCAACCGUGGAGAAAAAAUUUUCACAAUCCAUUUUCCACGCGAUUGAAAUCCCAUUUUAUCGUCUGCAGUACACCGGUAAAAUAUUUUUCGUCUCAAUGAAUUAUUCAUUACAUUGACGUUUUAAAGUCGGCGGAAGUGAAAUGAAAUGAAAAUUGAAAAAAAAAGGGAGACAUUCGGAAACGUCAUCGCCGAAAUAGAAUGGUAGAAAUUUUUUUUUCGAAACAUCAAUUUUAAUCAACGCUUCAUUAAGAUCUAAAAUUAAACUCGCGAAGACGCACGCUCAAGGAGCUCGUGUGCGACGAAAUCUAGCGGAGAAUCACAAAUGACGUACUACAUGAGAUUUUGAUGGAAAAUCAAUUUCGGCCAAAGUUUGUCUACCGCUGUAUGCUACGGUGUCAGGAAUUCGAUGAGGCUUCUGUCACGACAUCGACGGAGAAGGGAACGUAAUUGGAAAGGCUUUCCAUCGCACGAUCUGGUUUCAAGAAUCGAUCGAUUUUCCUCUUUUUCUCGGUGCGUAUCGAGUUUCCCGCUAGCAAAAUUAGCUCCGCCUCGAGCAUUGCGGUGGCACAUCCAUCGCCGGAACAAUAAUUAAUAAGAGUUUCGAUGGAAACUUUUGACACGCGGAUCAAUGAACCGGAAAAAUACACAGGUGAAAAAUAAGAGGAAUUCCGACCGCGGAAACCGCGAACCAUAAGGAUGAAUGAAAAACGAAAGGAAAGGAGAGAGAGAGAGAGAGAAGAAUACAAGUUUUUAUCGCGAGAUGUUCGAUGGACAAUGUCCGCCGGGAUGUGUACCGAUAAAUUAUUUCCUCGGCUUCGAUGUUAUCCUGAAAGUUUGGCGGCCGCGCAGAAUGCGGUGGAUGCCCCGCGUCGCGUCGCGAUGCGAGAACACGAACGUCGUCCCGUGUGUUCCCACUUCACGUCGUCGCCGUGCGUUUUACCUCGGUUGCCCCGAUGCCUUCGCCACGGCGCUUUUCCCGCCGUCGCAGUUGUCCUAUUCACGCCGCGAGUUACGGAGCGUGCACACGAUAUUUGAACGUCGAAAACUCGACCGGCGUCCCAUCGUUCGAAUUAUCGUAUCGUGGAGCGCGGAGAUGUAACGAGAGUCGUGAAAAAACAUUCGACGAAUGCAACGAAAAUUUGGAUCACGAGUAACCGUUUCCUAAAUUUCUUUUUGGUUUUUUUCAAUCUCCUUAUUUUCCGACGCUCCGUUCGUUCGUACGACGAUGACGAAUUUGUUUUCGCGCGGCGGAAAUGUGAGGUGCAUUUUUCGGGGACUUUUCGGACCCUGCAAUCGCAGGAUCUCGCCUGCUCGCCGUGCGGUGUACUGAUUGAAAAUGUGUCGAAAAUAAUCGAAGAUUGCAAUGAAUCAGUAACAAAGUGAAUCAGAUCGACGGAUCAUGGAAGUGUCUACGAAAAAUGUGGCCCUCGUCAAUUCGACGGAGGGUUUGUCGGCCCAAAAUUACGAGCUACUGUCCAACGGUUCGGAGGAAGAUUUCGCUCUGAAUAUAUUCGGACCGGUUCGCGACGCCUUGUACGUGGUGGUGCCGAUCACCGUGAUUUACGCGUCGAUAUUCCUUACCGGGAUAAUCGGGAACGUGAGCACGUGCAUAGUAAUAGCGAGGAACAAAUCGAUGCACACGGCCACCAAUUACUAUCUAUUCAGUCUGGCGAUAUCGGAUCUUUUGCUACUGGUUUCCGGUCUGCCCCCGGAAAUUUAUCUCGUCUGGUCCAAGUACCCUUAUAUUUUCGGCGAGAGUUUCUGCGUGCUCAGAGGAUUGGCCGCGGAAACAUCGACGAACGCCACGGUUCUCACCAUCACAGCCUUCACCAUUGAAAGAUACGUCGCUAUAUGUCAUCCGUUUUUAUCCCACACAAUGUCGAAGCUCUCCAGAGCCAUAAAGCUGAUCCUGAUUAUUUGGCUGGUCGCUCUCUCGUUCGCGAUACCGCAAGCCCUUCAAUUCGGAAUCGUCAAACACCGGAUCGAGACGACCGAGAUAAUGUUGUGCACCCUUAAAACGGUAAUCGUUCAACACUCCUUCGAGCUAUCGACUUUCCUAUUUUUUCUCGUACCAAUGACUCUGAUAACCGUACUCUACGCCCUCAUCGGAUUGAAGCUGAGAAAGUCAAACAUGAUGAAAAGGGACUCCGGAACUUCCUGUAGCAGGAGUCGCAAAAAUACACCAUUCGUUAGAAAGGACAGAAACUGCCGACAUCAUACCGGAAGAUCCUCCCGUAGGGUACUCAAAAUGCUGGUUGCCGUUGUGGUGGCGUUCUUCAUUUGCUGGGCGCCGUUUCACGUGCAGAGAUUGAUCGCUAUCUGGGGUACGAGUACCGUCGAUCACGUCAGUUCGAACAGUCCUUGGAUGGAAUUUCUCUACCUACUUUUCACCUACGUAUCCGGUGUCCUUUACUACGUUUCCACGACGAUUAAUCCAAUUUUGUACAACAUAAUGUCGAACAAAUUUCGCGAAGCGUUCAUGGAGACAUUGGGACGCUGUUGCAGGAUCGGGGCUUUCAAAGGGCGUCGCGGACAACGUCGUUCAUACUCAACCCUGUCACGUUCGCAACAGCGAGCCAAUGGGAUCUUCGCAUGUAGAAAUGGUGGAAUGGGAGGUCAUCAGGAGAGCACAGAUUGUUCGGGAAAUUCACAAUCGAUCAGAGAGGACAGUGUGCAGCAAAGCGUCUCGGGAGGCGGUUGCGGCAGGAUCGGCGGCAGCCCGAUCGAAGAGGGAGGCGGAGGAAUCGUGUCGAAAAAUCCAUCUAACGAGUCAUCGCAUCAGCGGGUGACGUCGUACGGUGGUAAACGAUCAUCGUCGCGUCGUACUUUGAGUACGGAAAUCGGCAGCAGUACGGACAUGAAAUAUUCGGAAACCUGCAGCAGCAACAGAUCCGUUCACGGUUACCACUACCGCGGAGGUCGUUGGUCGACCAACCGGGGAAGUUUCGCGUCUAACAACGGCCACCAAAAACAAAACGACGACGAAUUGAUCGCCGUUAGAUAUCCGCGGACGCCGGACAGCCCGGUGAGCCUGGAAGCCGUCAAAGUCAAGGGGACCGCGAUAAUUUAUCGUCCGAACGGCAAGGCGAGGUUCACGAGCAGGUGGUGGAAUUUAUUGAAGUGGUUGUCCAAUAGGAGGAAGCCAUUGGCUACUAAUCGACGAAUGACUUCCUCGCCAUCCGGUCCGAUCGAGAAUAUGAUAAUCGACGUUCAGGUGAAUCCCGAGGAAUAUUCUAUGACAGCUUGCGACAUCAGCAACACUAGUCUGAGGGACGUUGAUCGCAGGGCUAUGGACGAGGAGCUUUCGGCUUACAUGGAAGAGAUACGGAACCGUGAGAUUCAGAACGAGAUGAGAGUUUCGGAAAACGGUUAGACGAAAAUUUGAAGCACAACCUUCCCCCGAUAACUGAUCGAUCCAGGGUGUGGUUUAACGAUUUGUUUAGAAAUCGCGCUGGGUACAGAUCACCGCGCCGUUUUAUUUUCGGACGUAAAAUAAACUCUCAAAUCGUUAAAACGUUCGGAUUUAUAUUUCACCGGACAUCGUGAAAUUUAUUACGACGUAAACGAGAAUCUAUGAUUUGUCUUGAAUAUAUUAUUAUUAUCAUUAUUAUCAUUAUUAUCAUUAUGGUUACUGUCACUACUUCUACUACUAUUUUUAUUACUGCUAUUAUUACUAUUACCAUUACUGUUAGUAUUACUAUCACUAUUAUUAUUAUUAUUGUCACUCGGCCAAACUACUGUUCAAAAAUUAUUUUCAUUUUCAAUUGCUCAAAACCCUACGUUACAUGUAGGUGCAGUGAUAACACAUGCGCUAUCGCGAUUAUUACUUUUUCUACUUUAAUCGUGGGAAAGAAAUGCAAAAUUUCAUGACAUUGAUACUGAUAUUCUUUGCAUUUUAUACAAAGAGUAAUAAGAUUAUUUUAUCGGUGUAAAAUUCAUGAUCGUAUCAUACGUAUGAAAGUUCGGAAGUCAGCCAAAGUGGUCAUUUAUAUUGUCCGCGAUAGAAAAACAUCGAAUGAAAUAAUAUUUACUGAAUUUUUAAUCACUUCCUCUAGUUGUUUUCAGCAAUAGGUAAUUAUUGACGAUUCUAGUUUAUUUUUAAUUUUUUUUUUUUUUUUUCUCUCUUCGUUGUUUUCACGACGAAUACGAGGUUACUUCGACAUAUGUCCGUGUGGAAAAAUCGUGAGCGUAAUUUGUAACAAAUAUACGAUAUCCUCGAACUAAUUGUUUGUAUAUUAUGUAAGAUAAUUUUAUAUAACGAGUCGUAUGUAUAGGAGUUCUGUACACAUUGUUGUGAACAAUCAAAGCACGCCGAUAUAUAUAGCUGCGAAAUUGUUCAAAUGAAUCGACGGUUUAUAAUGCGUAGUCAUCAUCUGCCGUACGCGGUAUUUAAUUAGGAUUGCGAUAAAUUUACAAAAAGUAAAAUGAAGAGAAGAAAAACUAAACGAAAUAUAAUCAUAAAUAUAUACUAUAUUCCAUCUACAUUACCCAUUACGUAUUAAUUUCAAAUCGUCAGUGGCUCGUAAUAUACCCUUGAAAGAAUGAAUCCGAACAAUAUUCAAUUAAAUUACCUAUACUCGUACAUAGACGACGGACGAAGAUAUACAAAAAUGUUCGCAGUUCGCAUGUAGUUUUAGACUGAAUUCAUCUACACAUACCUAUGUGAGUAGUUCUACUUUUUAAUGUACGCGAUUACGCAAUGACCAAUAUGCAUAUAUGCUCGCUGGAUGAAAUAUAUAGUUUUACCAUUUUUUUUUCUAUUGUAAUUAAAAAUAAAAAAAAAACAAAAAACAAAACAAACUAUGGAAUAAUUGAAGUCCAUGAUGAGGCAAACUAUUCUAGCAAACAACGAACAAUUUAGACUUUUAAGUUGGCUAUUUAGACGUCUAUUAAUUUCUGAAGCGAAUCAAUUAGCGUAUAUAGGUAUACACGAAGUGCAUAACGGUAGAAUCUGGACGGCUGAAAAGUGACCAUAUUAUAAAUUAUGUACAUACAUUCAACUGUAAAAUCCAAAUAAUAUAUACGCAAAAGAUGUAGGAAAUUUAAGGAAUUCUGUGAUAUUAUGUUACACGUUAAUUGUGAAAUGAUUUGUUUAGAAAAAGUUUCAUUACCAAACUAGAAGUAAUAUACGUGUAAAUAUAUACUAUAUGUAUUAUCUAUAUAUGUGUGUGUGUAUAAUACCUAUAAAUAUAGAUCGUGUAAUCAACAAAUUUCUGUAAACACAUGAGUACACACUGUAAUUAAUAUUUAAUAUUGAACUACUAUACAUAUAGUUAUGAAUAAAGUACGUUUUAUUCUUU